AUGGUCGCCCUUCCGCUCGCCACGGCGUUCACCCUUCUCGCCUCGCUGUCGUCGACGGCCGCGUUCCCCUUCGGCCUGUCCGAGCGCUACGCCGUCGCCACCCCCGGCACCAUCAAGGACAUUGCGCUCGUGUCGUCUGGUAACGACGCCGACCUGCUCAGGCGCGAGCAGAUUGCUAUUCGGGCGAGGUACGCUCACCUUCUUAACCCCGAGGAGCGUGAGAUCCUCAAGCGCGACAUUACUGCUCGGCAAAAGGACACGCCUGGCGAGGCUUCCCAAGACCUUCGCUUCUACUCUUGGAACACGCCAUACUCGGCCAGCAUUGACAUUGGCACCCCAGCACAGACUUUCAAGGUCGGCGUCGACACGGGAUCCCCUUGGCUGUGGGUCACCGACAAGUCGUGCACAGACGCCAGCCUCUGCCCCUCCGGCCAGCAGAGUGGCAAGUACGACCGCUCGGCGUCAUCGACGUACCAGUCCGUCAACGCUACGGCCGACCUUCAGUUCGCGACCCAGCACAUCACUGGCGACAAGAUCCAGGAUGUCGUCUCGUUCUCUGACACCCUUGGCGGUGGCAAGCCCAACAAGAUUGAGAACUACAGGUUUGUCUCGGCCGACAAGGGAAGCAUCUCGUUCCCUAUCAGCGACCUCUCGGGUCUGCUCGGCUUCUCGUUCCCCUCAGACGACGCGACGCCGUUCUGGCUUGAACUGGCCCCCUUCUGGAAGAACCAGGUCUUCGGCAUUUACCUCAAGAAGAACGCGGGACCCAGGCAGAGCUCCGGCUACGACGGCGGUAUCCUCACGCUAGGCGGUACCCGCACCGACCUGUACACUGGCGACGUCAACUGGCUGAAUGUCGUCCAAACCGGCUCCAAGACCUACUGGCGUGUGGCGAUUGACGCCGGUAUUGUUGACAGCGGCGCCGCGGCAAGCAACACCAAGCGCGCCUCGGUCGCUGGCGGCACCGCGCUCGUCGACACCGGUGCCUCGGGCAUCAACGCUCCCCAGUCCUUCGUCGACCUCAUCUACGGGGAUGCGGAGAAGGUCAAGGACUACGGCAACGGCCAGUUCGAGGUCGACUGCGCCAAGUGGACCGCCCACAACAAGACGAUCACCAUCGUUCUCAACGGCCAGAGCUACACCCUCGGCCCUGACGACCUUGUCGAGCCCAUCGGCAACGGCAACUGCGUCACCAACGUGAUGCCCUACCCUGCCAGCUCUGAGGGCCUCUGGGACUGGGUCCUCGGAGCAUCUUUCCUUCGCCACGUCUACACGAUCCACUCGUACCAGCCUGCUCGCGUCGGCUUCGCCCGUCUCGCGGAUGAGGUCAAGCCCUCGACCUCGUCCGCCGCUCCCAGCAGCACCACCACGGCGCCUUCCUCCUCCAGCACGACCAGCUCCGUCGUCUCCACUACCGUGUCGAGCUCUGCUCUGUCCUCCAGCGCCUCGACCACGGCCUCCGGCAUCUCGACCACUGCCUCCAGCGUCUCGACCACCGCUAGCUUCUCGACCACCGCUAGCUCCACCGCUAGCUCCAGUGCCUCGACCACAACUGCCGUCUCUACGACGGUGGCUUCGAGCUCGGAGCUUCCCACAACCGUGACCACCUCCUCCGCCGCCCCGUCAGACGCCUCGACCUCCGCUUCGUCUUCGGGCGUCCCAAGCGUGACCACUACUUCGCCGGCUCCUGUCAACGCCACGUCGAUCGAGGCGCCCCUCCCGAGCAGCUCGGCGACCUCGCUCAGCUCGACUGGCAGCGCUAGCCAGGAGUCUGCCUCCGCUAGCACGACCGCCGCCCCGUCGUCGUCGGGCUCGCCUACCACCGGCUCGUCCUCGGGCGUCCCUACCACUGGCUCUGCCGCUUCCUCGGACGCUCCGGCCUUUAGCUCUGCCGCUCCCUCGGACGCCCCCGCCUCUGACUCCUCUUCGGCGUCUGGUACCCCUACCUCGGGCUCGACGGCUCCCACGGCUGCGCCUGCCUCUGACUCGACCGCACCCUCGGGCACGCCUGCUUCUGGCUCUGCUUCCUCUUCGAGCGCCCCCGCAUCGGGCUCCUCGUCUUCCUCUGGCGUGCCUGCCUCUGGUUCCACCUCCCCUACUGGUGCGCCGGCCUCUGGCUCCCCCGCUCCUUCGGACGCGCCUGCCUCAGGCUCCUCCGCCCCCUCGGGUGCCCCUACCUCUGGUUCGACGGCACACACUGGCGCUCCUGCCUCUGGCUCCCCCGCUCCCUCGGGUGCUCCUGCCUCUGGCUCCCCUGCUCCCUCGGGCGCUCCUGCUUCUGGCUCCUCUGCUCCUUCCGGCAGCCCCGCCACUCCCUCGGCUGCCCCUACUGGCGGCGACGGUGGCGUCGACAUUGGCCUUCACCCCGCUUCGUCAGCGCCGCCCGCUGCUUCUGCCACCCCCACUGGCUCGAGCGACGGCGGUGUCGACAUCGGCCUCCACCCCGGAAGCGGUGGCAACGCCAGCUCUUCCAGCCCCAAGCCCACCUCGGGCCCCGGUGGCAAGAAGAAGUGCACUCCCAAGUCGAAGCGCGCCCGCACUGCCAAGAGGGCUAUGCGCCAGGCACUCAAGGCUGCGCUCUGA